AUGAUUGACGAAAUCUUUGGACGCCCCAGUGCGAAAUUCAAGCGGGUCCAGUGCUUUGCCGUGGCGCUGGCCUGGUGGCUCAUCAUCACCCGAGGAAACAAACAUGGCCCUCCCGGAAUCCGAUCUCUGAGUCGAGCGCUCACCGCCAAAAUCACCGCGUGGCAAAUCUACGUGCUCACGCUCACGGGCUACUACCUGCUCAAGAACUUUGACAAGCUCAUUGGCCUCACGCCCCCCAUCCCAUUCGAGAACCACUACACCCCCGGCUUCUACCGGGCCACAUGGGUGAUGCAAGCGCUGGACGCGGGCUUCUGGACCGCCUACCCCAUCAAGAACAAGUACGCCCGAGACCUGCUGUCCAUCGUACUCACCGUCUACUACCUCAUCUUCUCGGACGCUGCCAACGAGAAGGUCCGACGAUACAGACUCAAGACCACCGUGGAAUCGUGCCGGGUGUCAUGGGAAAAGGGCCGAAACCCGUACGCCGGCGCCAUUGCCAAGCUGCUGUUGCCCAAAAUCAACAUCUACAAGGACGUGUUUGUCAAGCGACCUGCCCAUUCCGAGUAUGAGGAGCCCGUGGAGUGUCUGCUUCUGUUUGACGGAACUGCCGAGCAGCUCAAGAACCAGAAGAAGGUCAUCUACCAUCUGCACGGAGGAGGAUUCACCACCAUGGAGCCCAAGCUGCACGAGGACUAUCUGCUUGCCUGGGCAACCCAGCUCAAGGUGCCCAUCCUCUCGGUCAACUACAGAAAGGCCCCCGAGUUUCCCUACCCUUACGCUCUGGACGAGGUCUUUGACACCUACUACGCGCUCAUGAAGUCCAAGGGCACCAUCAUCGGUCUCAGUGGCGAUGUCGUGCCUGAGGUUGUUGUUACCGGAGACUCUGCCGGAGGAAAUCUCGCCGCUGCUCUGGAGCUCAAGCUCAUUGAUUACCCCAAGAAGAUCAAGCGACCCGCUGGUCUGGUGCUCACCUACCCUGCUCUUGAUAUGAACUUUGCCUCUGCUCUGUCCGAGGACCAGAUGAAGCUCAUUCGACAGGUGACCAAGGAAACUGCCACCCCGUUCCUCUACAAGAAUAAGAAGGACGUGUACCAGUCAUACGCUGGAGAUGCACACAAGUCUGUUCGAGCCAACAAGUCGUUUGUUAACCUGGCUCAGCAGCAAAAGGUCCAGUCGCAGCAGCCUGGUUCUCCUUCCGAACAGGGUCCUGGAAACAAACUGUCUCUUACUUCCAAGGUGCUUUACUCCGGAGAUCGAGUUCUCCCAGCCGAGGUUUUGUACACUGCUCUGAUGCUGUACGCUGGAGACACCGAGUGUGAUCUGUCCAAGGACUAUUUAAUGUCCCCCCUUCUCGCACCCGAAGAGAAGCUUGCACAGUUCCCCAAGACGUACAUCAUCUGUGGUGAGGUGGAUCCUCUGGUGGAUGACACUGUUCUGUUUGGAGCCAAGCUGCGACAAGCCUUCAGGGACUCCGGUAGAAAGAACCCCGAGGACCUAGUCGAGGUAUCCAUCAUCAAGGGCUACUCCCAUGGCUUCCUCAACAUGGUGCCCUUCUUCCCCGAAGCCAAGGCUCCCAUCCACAAGCUGGGAUUCUGGAUGGAGGAGAUUUUCGACAAUGUGCUGCCCGAGGAACGAAACAUCGACCUCAACGAGGACGACUACAGCACUGACGAGGAGCUGGUGGGCGAGUCGUACGCCAACAUUGACGAAGAGGGAGGAGAUGUCAAGGCCCCUAGAAAGAAGAAGACUAGCGCCCAGAAGGCCUGGGAUAAGACCAACAUUGUCCAUCCUGGAGGACUAGUCGAGGGCCGGCAGGACAAGACCAAGAAUUCGGUCAUUGGAGAGAUUAAGAAUGCGGUCGUGGAGAAGUUGUAA